AUGGGUGAUCAUGGCCCGCCACACUUCGCCUUUGAGGCCCCCGCACCAUGCAUGAACUGGUCCUCCCUCUUCAGCGUCAGCCCUGAUGCCAUUUUCCAUGCGUCCGACAUCACCAGCUUGAAUUCGGUGCUCCCCAGCCUCUUGACUGGCGGGUUGGAGGGCGAGGAUGACCGAGACCUCGGGCCUGACACCUUCCGCCACACCUUCAGCCUGUGCCAGCUGGCGCUGCAGUACCUCGCCCACGUCCAAGAGGACCUGCUCCGCCAGAACCGGGACCUGAAGGCCCGGCUACGUGAGGCAUGGCCUGGAUGCACGCUGGAUCGCAGUGCCAGGGAGGGCGGGCACCUCACCACCCACUGGGACGCUCUGGAUCCUGAGGGCUGGAACCUCGGUGCAGUGCGCGGGGACGAGCAGGGGCUCUGCGUCGCGCUGGAGAGGCUUGCGAGGGGCCAGGAGGGCCUGCUCAGAGCCCUGCACUCGCUGGACCCUUCUCAGGUGGAGCCGAGUGCCAGCGGGCUGGACGCGGAGCUCCGCGCGAUGGCCGAGUCAGUUGGCUACCCUGGAGAGGGGGGCGCUGCAGUGUCGUAUGGGUGA